UGCACAUCCUUAGGUAUGGAUGCAAAAAAAAAAAAAAAUUAUUUUUUGAAUCAAAGAAAAGACUUUAAAAACAAAAAACGCUUGUCAUUAGAGAGUGGAAUGCAAGGUUUUUUUUGUACUUGUAAUAAUCGAGAAAAAGAUUGUGUACGUGAAGCUUAUAAUAUCUUAAAUGAAUAUUCAGAAGUUCAGAAAAUUGAUUUCAAAUACUUAAAUAGAAAUGGAGUAAACUGCACAAAUAAACUGGAUCAAAAUAAUUGGACUGAACAAAUUUUAGAAAAGGAAACAGUUGUUAACUACGAAGAUACAGAUUUAAAGGCAAAUGCCGUAAUAGCAGGACGUAAAGAAGUCAAUGAAGAUAUCACCGAUGCCUUAAGCAAAGAAAUAUCCGAAUUAAAGGCAGAAGCUACUGAAUUAGAAUUAAAAAAAAAAUUUCAGGUAGUGGAUACUGGCGUGAAUAACAUAAUAUUCAUUAAAAGUACGAUUCCUGAUACAAUCAAUCUUGUAACAACUAUUAUUAAAGAUUUGCAAGAAUCCAAGAAACCGAAAACAAAAUACCUUUUGCGAAUGCUGCCUGUUCAAAUAGCUUGUAAAGCUUAUAUAGACGACAUUAAGUCUAAAGCAAGUGCACUUUUUGAGCAAUAUUUUGCUCAGGAACCAAAAACAUUUUCCAUUGUCGUAAACCGACACAGCAAUAGUAACUUACAAAGGAUUGAAGUGAUUAAAGAGCUGGCUGCAAUUAUUGCUACCAAGAACCCUGGAAAUAAAACAAAUCUCAAAAAUCCGGAAAUUGCAGUUGUAGUUGAAGUUGUGCGAGCAGUAUGUCUUAUUUCAAUCGCUCCUAAUUACUUUGCAUACAAAAAAUAUAAUCUCAUGGAAAUUAGUAGACAUCAGUAUGAAUAAACAUGCACAAUUUUGCAAUUAUAAUUUUGUAAUAUAUUAAUAAAAAAAAAGUGAAAUACUUGAA